AUGGCAGAAAAAUCCCUACCGAUCGGCUCGAUCGUGAAAAGCCUCUCAACCCUGCCGACCGAACUUGCCUAUCAAAUCAUCGAUGAUCUACGAGUCAAGGACAUCCUGAAACUACUUUGCUAUAACAAUGAGCGAGUCAAUGCCUGUAUCGGGUCACACCCGGUCUGUCGAGCCUUGUUCGACUUGACAUCCGAUGAAAACUUCGCAAAGAUACGCUUUGCCGCCCAAUUCUACCGCGACUUGUUCAUAGAAGUAUACCCUCCACUGAGCGCGGACGGAUGGCUGAAACAUAAAUGGCUUCCACUCAAUAUCCACUGUGUGGAUCUGAAAGACCGCGAAUUGAUCUUGAUCGAGAUGCGAGACCAUAUUCACUGCGAGCUUUACCUGCAUUGGGUACAGCUAGACUGGACUCGAUUUGGUGCGCCUGACUAUCCUGAUCUGAAACACAGCCAGGCUCCUCCCCCUUGGAAUAGGCUCUCUUUUGAGAACAUGAAAGAGCAAUGGGAGGAGAUCAAACAGGCAAAGGCAGUUCUUUUCAAGCUGAGAUCUUCUGAACUGGACUGGGCAUCGAAGAUGUUAGAGGCCAAUCCGGAUAUCUUGAAGCGCACACUCGAUCCACGCCAGGAAAGACGGUCCAACACGACACAUAUCGUAUCCAGAAUGAAGAAUGGCGCCGAGAAAAUAAUCCGAGCCUCGGGACAGAGACUAGUCCAAGUGGAGCAUUUCAAGUACAAGUUUUUUGAAGUGAUCCCCUUUGACUCUGCACUGGUCGAGUUGCUAGAGAUGAUGGAAAAGCGCGGGAUUUUGAGUGGCGAUCAAUUGACGGUGAAUGCUUCCGACAACUCAGAUGUUGCUGCAUCGCAUCCAUCUUCCAUCCGCGAAGCAGCAAAUAUCAUAGUUGAAGGAAUGAAUCAUUUCGACCACUCGACUCUGUCCGCGGAUGAGAGAGAGAAGAUUCGAAAAUGGCCUCGAUCACCAUACGACGAGGGCCCCGACGAUGUUGACGUUGCCCGAACGGGGAACACCCCUUGGUCUGGGAAGCCGGAAUUGGUGAACGAUGUGAAUGUAGAAGGGCCUUAUUUCACACCACACAAAAUCGGGAAGCAUAGCACUUUCAUGCGACUUAGAGACUACCGGUGGUCACCCCAUGGAGACGGAGAGCGAAAGUGGUUGCAAGCCUUUGUGGACUUGUAUCGGUACUUGAAAGGCUUGAAGUAA